CCUCUAAUCCACAUUAAGGUUAGGAACCGCACAUUUCGAAGCAAGUCAAAACUGAAGUGAAGUGAGCUUGUUGUUUCACAUCAAAUAGAAUCGGGACUAAUAGUUCAACUGUCUUGUUAAUAUAUCGCAGUACCAGUUUUAUUCACAAUGUUCCGUUUGCCAGUUUCGCUUGCUCGCACCUCCAUCAGCCGCCAGCUGGCCAUGCGCGGCUAUGCCAAGGACGUAAGAUUCGGUCCUGAGGUGCGCGCCAUGAUGCUCCAGGGCGUCGAUGUGCUGGCCGAUGCCGUGGCGGUGACCAUGGGACCCAAGGGUCGCAACGUCAUCAUCGAGCAGUCGUGGGGCUCGCCCAAGAUCACCAAGGACGGCGUCACCGUGGCCAAGUCCAUUGAGCUGAAGGACAAGUUCCAGAACAUUGGCGCCAAGCUGGUCCAGGAUGUGGCCAACAAUACCAAUGAGGAGGCUGGCGAUGGCACCACCACGGCCACCGUUCUGGCCCGCGCCAUUGCCAAGGAGGGCUUCGAGAAGAUCUCGAAGGGCGCCAAUCCCGUCGAGAUUCGUCGCGGUGUCAUGCUGGCCGUUGAGACGGUUAAGGACAACCUGAAGGCCAUGUCGCGCCCCGUGAAGACGCCCGAGGAGAUCGCCCAGGUGGCCACCAUCUCGGCCAACGGUGACCAGGCCAUCGGCAAUCUGAUCAGCGAGGCCAUGAAGAAGGUGGGACGCGAUGGCGUCAUCACCGUCAAGGAUGGCAAGACCCUCAACGAUGAGCUGGAGGUGAUCGAAGGCAUGAAGUUCGACCGCGGUUACAUUUCCCCCUACUUCAUCAACUCCUCGAAGGGCGCUAAGGUGGAGUUCCAGGAUGCCCUGCUCCUGCUGUCCGAGAAGAAGAUCUCGUCGGUGCAGAGCAUCAUUCCCGCUCUGGAGCUGGCCAAUGCCCAGCGCAAGCCACUCGUGAUCAUUGCCGAGGACAUCGAUGGCGAGGCCCUGAGCACCCUGGUGGUGAACCGUCUGAAGAUUGGCCUGCAGGUGGCUGCCGUCAAGGCUCCCGGAUUCGGUGACAACCGCAAGAGCACCCUCACCGACAUGGCCAUCGCCUCCGGCGGCAUUGUCUUCGGCGAUGAUGCUGAUCUCGUCAAGCUGGAGGAUGUUAAGGUCAGCGACUUGGGACAGGUUGGUGAGGUUGUGAUCACCAAGGACGACACCCUGCUGCUGAAGGGCAAGGGCAAGAAGGAGGAUGUGCUGCGUCGCGCCAACCAGAUCAAGGAGCAAAUUGAAGACACCACCUCCGAGUACGAGAAGGAGAAGCUGCAGGAGCGCCUGGCCCGUUUGGCCUCGGGCGUUGCCCUGCUGCGCGUCGGCGGCUCCAGCGAGGUGGAGGUCAACGAGAAGAAGGAUCGCGUCCACGAUGCCCUGAACGCCACCCGUGCGGCCGUCGAAGAGGGAAUCGUUCCCGGAGGCGGCACCGCUCUGCUGCGCUGCAUUGAGAAGUUGGAUGGUGUGAAGACCUCCAACGAGGACCAGAACCUUGGCGUUGAGAUUGUCCGUCGUGCCCUGCGCAUGCCCUGCAUGACGAUUGCCAAGAACGCUGGCGUUGAUGGCGCCAUGGUGGUGGCCAAGGUGGAGACCCAGAGCGGUGACUACGGCUACGAUGCGCUGAAGGGCGAGUACGGCAACCUGAUCGAGAAGGGCAUCAUCGAUCCUACCAAGGUGGUGCGCACCGCCAUCACGGACGCCUCCGGUGUGGCCUCUCUGCUGACCACCGCCGAGGCUGUGGUGACCGAGCUCCCCAAGGAGGAUGGUGGUGCCGGCGGCAUGCCCGGCAUGGGUGGAAUGGGCGGCAUGGGAGGCAUGGGCGGCAUGGGUGGCAUGAUGUAAGCCACCACACUUGAAACAGACACACACACACACAGAGAGAGAGAUGAAGGAUCGGUGCCAACAUGGCUUAGAUGGAAGGGAACGACGACGCAGAGAGGAGGCCAGCGAACGCAGAUCAUCAUCCCCACCACCACCAACAAUACCAGUCAGCUGUCGAGGCGAGACCCACCAAUAUCUCUUACAUCGGUGCAUCCAGCCAGAUUCACACCUCUUUUGACUCCCAUACACACACACACACAUUCUAAUCCUUGAUGGAACCUUGUUUUGCUUCGCAUUUAUCCUUUGGCAAAAGCAGAAACAUCAUCAACAACAACCAUGGACUGGAUGUGAGCUCGCCGAGACGCCUGCGUUCGCUACGCCACGUCGUCGUUGCUUCCAUUGUGUACUACGUUUUUUUUAACUAUUCCUUAACUCUAUUUUUUUUACAUGUUAUAUAUGUAAAGAUACCGUUAGUUGUAAAAUAUAAAAUAAAAACAGAAGUUAAAUUGAGGAAA